GGAAUAGAUGACUAUCGGACAAUCACCUGAGCGAGACUUGACAGUGUCGUCCUUAGCGGUGGUAGGAGAAUGCUCAAUAGAAGGCUCCUAUCUCAAAGUUUAAGAUCCUUGGUGCCACUGCUCAGGCACCUAGAUGACCACCGCCGAGAAAGCACUCGGGAUGAAUCGUCGUCGUCGUCGCGAAUUGAGAUGACAGCGGUAGAUACCAACCCACCACCUCUUCCCGCCGAAAGGUCGCCUGCGAGCAGCUGUAGUCAUGGUGAGGACAUGGGUUGUGACUGGGGAGUUGCGCACCGGGUUACUGGUCGAAUGGCAGACGGCUGUCCAGUAGGGAGUCGCAAUAGUCGUGGCAAGAGAUCUUUUGACGAUGCUAUAACCACCACUAAUUACCGCAACGGAAUCAGCACCAGCGAUCAGGAAGGCCACGCCAGGACGACCUCCCGACGACAAGAUGGGAUGGACUGCAAUCAGGAACCGAGCAGCGACGGUGUCGCCGGAUGUGACUCCUCAUCGGCAGUUCAUUGGAUCAAUCUGGAGCUCGCCGUCAUGGACGCCGUUGAUGUAACAGAGCUGUGCCGGAACGCAAGCACGCGGGUUCAGGGACUCCUGGAUGAGGGCGGAACGUUGACGAGACUCCGCGACGUUGGCGCGAAGAUUGGGAGAAGGAUGGAGGCUCUCUUAGUGGACAUGCCUCUGCUGCCUAGCUUGCCCUCGGAGCUACUAGCACAAACGCUACGGACAUGCCGCAAUCUACAGACUACAAAUUAUACACUAGAUAACGACGAUCUGCAGGUUGGGUCCUUGUUGGGAUGCAGGACCGCGGAUAUGGGUGGGCAGCAGUGGGGCAUAGAGAACGAAGGGAAGAGGGCAGACAAACGCGAGUACUUCGCUGGUUCCUCCACUCCUUCCAUCUCAAUUUGUCUUGAGGUCAUCAAAGAUAGUCAACUUCAGGGUGAUGGGAAGCAACAGACCACUCUCAGGAACGAGGAGAACGAAGGCCGGGAGGAGCUAUUCAACGAGCACCUAGACGACCUUGAUGUAGUGGAAAGCAACUCAAUGCUAGCGUCCAACACAAAUGGAUCUCCGCAGCUUGAAGGAAUAGGCAGCAUGGAGGUGGAGCAGGGCGAUGAUACGCUGGGGCCCUUAAGGAGGAUGGCAGUUCAGAAAACUGAGACUUUCAGCGAUCGAGAAGGAAGCGACGAAGCGGAUGUACCAGAAGGCACAGUUGAAGCUGCUGGCGACCAGAAUAGACUGGACGGCGCCAUGUGUCCGACUGUGUCUUCGUACACGAUGCAGUCGCCAGCGAGAAUGAUGAUACGGCGUCGUAGGUUAUGGGGGAGUUCCGGGGGUUUGGUCACAACCACGCAAGACAUACAGAGCUUCACGGGCAGGGGGGAAGCAAGAGCACUCAAUAACACAGGAAUCGAUUUCAGCAGCGCGAGUCCCACGGCACGGGCGGCGUACGUAGGAGCUCAGCAGCGGACGCGAAGCCUUGACGAGCUCGCUCCAGCCUCCUCGUCUGCGUCCAUCCCGCGGUCCUCUACAUUCAUUAAAUUAAUGACCGGCCGCCUGUCUCUUGAACAGCGGCUUCAGCUACGGAAAUCGCCCACGGCACUGCGUGCUGUAUUGACAGCGUUUAACCCUGCCACCGAUACGCGUGUGACGGCAAUAUCUCCCACAUUCACGGCAGCCAUCCCGCCUUCUUCGGCGUCUUCUGGAGCAAGCAGCACAGCAGUUGGAAUUUCGGCUGUUUCUUCCUCCGCGCUCAUAGUCGUGCUGUCACCAUCAUCAUCAGCAGCAGCAGGAUCAUUAUCAACACCAAUAACAACACUACCAGCUGCAGAAGCCGCGACGGUCAUCCCGCAUAUAUCACCGCCGUCUCCAAGUUCCCCCGCCCUCAUAGUCAUGUUGUCGCCUUCGUCAUCAUCAUUGUCAACAGAACCAGGAGCAGAAACCGCGACGCCCACAAUGGCCAUCCCGUAUCCGUCACCGUCAUCGCCAAGUACCUUGGACGUUAUGGCGGAACCAUUGCAUGCGUUGGACGGCACGGUGGCGAGUAGCGUCUCGGAAGCUUCUGGUCUCGCAUCGUUUUCGAUGGCCAUCCCGUAUCCGUCACCGCCAUCGCCAAGUACGUUGGACGUUAUGGCGGAAGCAUUGCAUGCGUUGGACGGCACGGUGGCGAGUAGCGUCUCGGAAGCUUCUGGUCUCGCUUCGUUUUCGACGAGCGACUUCGCUGUCGGUGACAUGAGUAGAGACCUCUCGCUUUCCUUGCACGUUCCUGUGACAGCUGUUACCCGUCCUGGGUCGGGGGCUGAAGCGUCUGAAGAUGUACCAGGCAGGACGACUAGAGUCGCAUCAGCCCUCGGCGCCAGUAGGCUCGACUGCAUCACAGACCAGCGACCGCUGGGCAGCAGAUGUCGCGGAUCGACUAAUUCACGGCCGAGAUCGGCAGGGGGGGACAGCCCCGAGGAGGCUCCGAACGAGUACCUUUGCCCAAUAACGCGCGAGUUGAUGUCCGACCCGGUCAUUGUGGCAACUGGACAGACGUAUGAACGAGGUCCAAUACGCCGUUGGAUCAACAGUGGCCACAGAACGUGCCCCGUCACUGGUCAGCAGCUCGCCAAUGUGGACCUGUUGCCCAAUUACGCACUACGGCAUGUCAUUCAUCGAUGGGCGCAGCGCCGAAGGAUCGUGCUACCUCCGCCAGAAGCGGCGUCAGCUCCAUCUAGAGUGAGCGGCAUGCUUUAUGUCGCUUCGUCUGGCCAGUCAUCCACCAGCCGGGCAUCCACCUCUACAGCAAAUGUCUCCUUCCCCGGCCCCUCCACGGGGGCAUCAGUGUCCCACAGCAUUGGCGUCAACUUCAACCACCCGUCACUAUCACAGGUGCUCAACGUACCUGGUGUCUCGACACGCAGUCCGGAAUGGGGGCAGGGUAUACCCAAUCCCUCGUCGCCGGCAAUGCUGGCAGUCGCGCAGCUCUACCGCGGAGCCACGGAAGAAGACAGAGAACAUGCUGUCCGUCAGAUAUGCAGUAUGGCAAGCGACGGUUUGGAGGAAGGCCGAACGGCUCUGGCGGAGGCAGGUGCUAUUCCCCCGCUCGUGUAUAUGGUGGAAAGAGCUAACCCAACGACUCGUGAACUGGCAGCUAAGGCGCUGAGGUAUCUUUGUCGAAGUAGCAAUCCUUUGAUCACACAAGCGGCGGCCUGCGCCAUCCCUUUCCUAGCGAAACUCUUGCGAGAGGGCGGCAAAAGAAAAGGAGGAAAGAAGAAACGUGGGAAAGAAGAAGAUGAGAGACGUGCAAGAGAAAAGCGCGAUAGAGAGGAACUGCAUAAGGAACUGAACACGAAAUUGGAGGAAAUUAACAAGGCAUUGAAGGGUAAGAAUAAGAGUUGUGACGAAGUGAUGAAAUUGCGUGAAGAAGUUGAGAGGUUGAGACAUGGGCAAAGUGUGCCUAAUUCGGCAGGACCAUCUACGUCGUUGACCGAGAAUGAACAGGUAACGAGGCUGCAACGUGAACUGGUGGAGAUGAGGAUGGCUUCCGAUAGGCCGUUCGCUAUCUUGGAGGAAGAAAUCACGAAAGAACACAGGUUACGCGAGGAAGCUGUUGCUGAUACUGAAGCUUGGAAGAACGAAGCAGUAAGGCCAGGUAAUAAACGAGGAUCACUAGCGGUAGGGCCGACUCCCACAACUCAAGUUAGACUGAGGGCACGGACCACUCAAGUCAGCGUGGGCGUCGGUGGUAAGAUGAAAGUGGAUGAACACCUCAAAGGUGUGGUUGAGAGGCAUGAGGCGGAAGUGAGACUCUUGAGAGAAAUGAGAUUGUAAGAGGGCAAGGACAGACGUGAGGCUGAGCAAGAAUUGGAGAAGCUCAGGGAAAAAUUGAAGAGAGACGAAGUGGAGAUGUAACGGUUGCGAGAAAGGAUGGCGCAACUGGAAAUGCAACAAAAGCACUAGGGUACA